AUUUAUGUAAUUUAUAUGGCUGAAUUUUAUAUUAGAUUUACAGAGAUUGUUUUCACUUGCGAAUUGUUCAUAUGCCUCUGAAUUAUGGUAAAUUAUAUGUGACUUGAGAAGAGCUUUUGAAGCCCCUUCCGAGGCUCUGCUUUCGUCUAUGGCCUGUGCCUCAGAUGGGUAUUAUUUAUUUUUUGUGUUCGAAAAAUCGGCCUAGGCAGUUAUGGGCGGGUCGGGUCCUUUUUUUUCCUGACUCUAAUGAAAACCUACCUCACGCUGCCUCUCUCUCUCUCUCUCUCUCUCUCUCUCUCUCUCACGACAGACCACCACCACCAGCACCAGGCCUCGACCCGCGACCUGCGACCUCCUUGCCCAUUUCUUAGAGGCCUAGCCUUUCAUUUCAAGUAUUUUUCUUUGUAGUUUAUUUUCUUGAAUUGUUAUUGCAUUUUGAGUCGGGGGUUCAUUUUGAUUUUCUGCUUAUUGCAUUUGGGGCGUUUCAUGUACUAUCUUCUCAACAUAAAGUUAGAAACUUGCAUCAUUAAUUCAAGGGGCAAUACAGAUCAUCUCUUUUAAUCCUUUUACUCAAGCAAGUGAUCAACAACAAUAUCAACUCGGUAGUAAUUGUUAAAAAGGUUUUUAUUUUAUGUUUGGACUGCAAAGUUAACUUGAUGAUUCAAAGGUUUUUGACAUUUGUUUUCUGCCCUUCUUAGUGGUGCUUUGAUGUUGACAGUUGGACACUGAACAGGAAAAUAACAAGAAGAGUUGGAAUUGAGUGAAGGAUGCUUAGCUCAUCAACCCCAAAAGCCACUUGGACGCCGGGGCACCGCAAAAUAUUUUUUGAUCUUUGCCUGGAAGAGAUGUCAAAAGGGAAUAAGCCAGGGACGCAUUUCACCAAGGAGGGUUGGAGGAAUCUUAUUGAAUCAUUCUAUGAAAAGACAGGUAUAAGGUAUAGUAAGAGACAAAUGAAGAAUCAUUGGGAUUUCACCAAGAAGCAGUGGAAAGUCUGGGUUAAGCUAAUUGCUGAAGUUAGUAUGAAAUGGGAUCCAAGUACCAAUGGAUUUGGUGCUAGUGCAGAAGAUUGGUCUAACUACAUACAGGUAAACCCAGAAGCUGCACAGUUUCAGUAUAAAGAACUCCCAUGCCCUGACAUACUGGAAAUCGUUUUUACUGGAACUAUGGAUUCUGAAGAUAUGGAACCUUCUAAUUCUCGGAGGCAAAGUAAUAGCUCGGACACCUCCCUUCUGCACUCCGAAGAACAAGAGUUAGUGACUGUGGAGGGGGGAGAUGAGCAUCUUUCGAAUGCCAUUCCCUUAAGGAGUUAUGAAAUGGGUCAGUCUAAACACCGUAGAACAACCGCAAGUGAGCAGAGUAUAUCUAGCUCAUCCCAGCCAAAGACAAAGGCCAUUUGGAUGCCUGCAACCCAUGAAGUAUUUCUUGAUCUAUGUCUAGAAGAGGCAUUAAAGGGGAAUAAACCCGGGACACAUUUUACCAAGGACGGUUGGAGGACUAUUGUUGAAUCCUUUCAACAAAAAACUGGCCUUAUGUAUAAUAGGUUACAGUUGAAGAACCAUUGGGAUAUCACCAAGGAACAAUGGAAAGUCUGGUGUAAGCUAAUUGGCACAAGUAGUAUGGGUUGGAAUCCAAACAGCAGAAGAUUUUCAGCAAAUGAUGAAGAUUGGGCCAACUACUUAGAGACAGACCCAGAAGCUGCACCAUUCCGCUUUAAGGAACCUCAAUCCACCGACAAGUUGGAAACCAUAUUUGAUGGAACAACAGUUACAGGAGAGACAGAGCCUCCUGCUAGGCGUAGGAAGUAUAAUCAUGAUUUGAGUGCAUCUCUUUUGCAUAUAGAAGAAGCAGGCACAGUGAACCGAGAGAGGGACGUUGAGCAUCUUGAUGCUGUAACACUUUCUUUUAUGCCAGGCAAGCAAACUUAUAGCAUUGGGGAGUGCAUUGCCUGUCUUGAUGCCAUGGAGGAAGUAGAACAAGGAAGUGAGCUCUAUUUGUUUGCAUUAGAUGUAUUUCUGAAAAAGGAAUACAGGGAAAUAUUUCUUCAACUGAAAAAGCCUAGUGUAAGGAUUGCAUGGUUGCGGCGGCUGCAAUCUGUUGGUCCUCCUUUGUUCUAGGAUGCUUGUUAGCUCUUUGAUUUCUCAUGUAAUUUUAGACAGCUAUUAUGUAGGUAGCAAGUAGAGUUGCUUUUCUAUGGAAGCCAAAGGCAAAGUGAUUGUGGAUUUUAUCAUAGCUAUUGUUUAUCUUCCCCGGAUUAAAA